AGUAAAGAGACAAACUUCUUUUUUUUUUCCUUUUCCUGGUAAUUCGAUGCUCCUCUUCUUUUCCUUUGAGCCAUAGAAAGUUGCAUUACUUUGUGAAGGGCAGCUAGAGAUUUUUAAUCUAACAGCCCGGGGUUUAGCACUUACUGCUUAGCAGUAGCAGUCGCAACUCGAAAAUAGCAGUAGGAGUAGCCUUUCCCUGCUGCCUUUCUUAAUAAGAGCUAUCUUUGCCUUUCCCCGUACAGAACAGAGCCCUCUUCUUCUUCUCUCUUUCUCUUAUUCUUAAACCCUAAAAGGAGAAACUCCCAAAAACCCAUCUCCCAAAGGGAAUCCUGCAACACCCUUAAUAGCCAGAACAAGACAACCAACACCCUCUUCCUCUCUUUCUCUCGCUCUUUCUGAAACCCCUUUACCACCGACCUUUCUCUCACACAUCUGGAGAAAGGGGAAAGGGGAAAGGGGAAAGAAACCCUCCUUCCAAUGGCUUAAACAACACAGCUGCAGGAGAGAGCAUCCACCAAAAAAUAAGUACAGAGAAAACGCACAGGUAUAUAGUCCUUACACACACACACACACAGAGAGAGAGAGAGAGAGAGAGAGAGAGGGCAACGGAGGAAAGGAAGGUGGUCCAUCUGAAUCAACCUUCCCUUCCCUUUCCCCCCCUUUUUUUCCAGUCGGGGGAGGAGGAGAGGAUCGUCGGGGAGGGUGUCGAGGGCAUGGGCACCGAGCUUGUACUGCACCAAUCACAGCAGCAUCCAGAGGCGACGCCGCCUCGGGUUAGCAGCGGUUUGGGAGGCGAUCGGAAGGCGAGCGCCGUCGUCGUCUCUCGGAAGGGUUCAUCGAAGGACCGGCACACCAAGGUGAACGGGCGGGGUCGGCGAGUGCGAAUGCCGGCGCUCUGUGCCGCCCGGAUCUUCCAGCUGACCAGGGAGCUCGGCCACAAGUCCGACGGCGAGACCAUUGAGUGGCUCCUCCGCAAGGCCGAGCCUGCCAUCGUCGCCGCCACGGGCACGGGCACCAUCCCAGCCUUCUCAUCCGCCGUUUCGGGUCCGAUCCUCCCCUCCGCACCACCAGCCACGGCCACGCCCUCCUCAUCAUCCUCCCCACCUACCUCCUGUUCCGGCUCUUGUUCUGUCUCUGCGUCGACCCCGAAGCCGGUGCAGACCAUGCCCGCGCCUCCCAUGCCGCCCGCGCCUAACCUUUUCGCGGUCUCCGGCUAUGACGCCGCCACAAUCUGCCGGAUGGGCAUGGAGUUUCCUGGCGCGCCCUUCCGGCAGAUGCCAUACAUGGCCAUGCUCCUGCAGCCCGUCUCAGAGGAGACAGAGGAGCAGCAGAGGCUCGACGAAUGAGAAAGUUGAAGAGAACCCAAGAAACGUUUCUUGUCUGACUGCCCAUUCAAAUCGGUCUCUCUCCCACCCUCUCUCUCUCUCAUCUGCUUUGCUGUGGAGAAGUUCCGAGAUCUGAUGCGUUGGAGAUGGGCUUUGUAGAGUUUUCUUUUCUUUUUAACAUGAAUCUUUCUCCUAUAGAUUAUAAGAGCUUUUUCCAUUCAAGAGGAAUAAUGGAGUCGCCCUUUUUCUUCUGUUUGUUGGGGUCCAUGGUGGUCUUCACGCAGCACAAUAACUUGAGAAUUUUCUGAGA